AUGGCGGUUACUUUGUGCCAAGUGAUGGGGUUUGUUCUGAGCAUCUUGGGGGUUGGGGGGGUCAUUGCAGCCACCGGGCUGGACCAGUGGAGCACAGAAGACCUCUACAGCAACCCUGUGACAGCGGUCUACACCUACUAUGGCCUCUGGAGAUCCUGUGUCAGACAGAGUUCUGGGUUCACCGAGUGCCGCCCUUACUUUACCAUCCUUGGUCUGCCAGGUCUCUUCCAAGCAGUGAGAGCCUUAAUGAUCGUGGGAAUCGUAGUUGGAGUAAUCGGCAUUUUGGUUGCAAUCUUUGCUCUCAAGUGUAUUAAAAUGGGAUCCAUGGAUGACACAGCCAAGGCCAACAUGACUUUGACAUCUGGAGUAAUGUUUGCAAUUGCAGGUGUCUGUUCAAUUGCUGGAGUUUCUGUCUUUGCCAAUUUGAUAGUGAGGACCUUCAUGAUGAAUACCUACACCUCCUCACAAUUUUUGGGACUGAGUGGACUCGGAUCUGGGGCAUUAGGGGGACCUCUUACCCCCAGGUAUACAUUUGGAGCCGCCCUCUUUGUUGGCUGGGUGGCUGGGGGUGUGUUGAUUGUGGGUGGAGUUAUGAUGUGCCUGGCCUGUAGAGGAAUGCUACCAGAAAAGACUAGGUUCAACGCAGUAAGCUAUAAAGCACCCUCUCACAACACCAUCUACAGAUCUGAGGACAGGAACAGGCAAGCCUAUGAUGGGUUGUACAAGGAGGAUGGCAGGAGAUCCAACCAAAGAUUUGACUAUGUAUAG